AUGUUAUCAGUCAUCUCCCACUCAACCAACUCUCCAGUCUUUGCAAACUUCUUCGCAAAAGCAACAAAGGAAUUCUUCGACAAAGUUAACGCUGUUAUUGAUGAACGUGUUCGCCCAGUCCUUCAGAUGGAUGGUGGCGAUAUCGUUUUGAAGGAUAUCACUGAUGGCAUUGUCUCAGUUCAACUUACAGGACACUGCUCUGGCUGCCCAUCCCGUAAAAAUACAUUAAAUGCUGGUAUUCUUGGAUGCCUCCAAGAAGAAUUCGGUGAAAAGGAAAUUGUUGAAAUCAAGGAACUUCCUUUAACAGAAUAA